AUGUUUUAUAAUUUCAGUGAAGCAAGUCGUUAUCUGGUGGAUGUAUUUUCGCAGGUAGAUGAAGAAGAUUGUCAAGAAUGGCUAGAUAAAAUCAUAGAAAUUGUGCAAAAACAGCUGUUAACAUCGUCAUUGAUAGACAAACAGAUCUGUGAGAGUGCGGUACAAGAGUGCAAUGCUGAACAAGAUGAUGAGAGUGACAAAAUAUUUUCUGUGAUUGAUGCAUUUUCUGUGCCAAGAUUUACAUAUCAGAAAGACAGGAAAAAGUUUAUACCAAACUCUACCCUGGGGUUGCCAGCCCCGUGUCUACACGGUAAUGCUAAUGAUAAAGCUAACUUGUUUAGGGAGAGGUACACAAUACUUCAACAGAGAACACUGAGACAUGAUCUGUUCACACCGCCAGCUUUAGGAAGUGCACCAGAUGAAAGUAAAAAAUUUCAGUUGAAGCCUAUAGAAUACCUGCUGGGAACCACAGCCAAGGUCGGAGAGGUCAUAGUGUUAGGAAUGCUUACACAGCUCAAGGAGGGCAAGUGGUACUUAGAAGAUCCCACAGGUGUUGUACAGAUAGAUCUUUCUAAAGCUAAUUUUCACACAGGGCUGUUUACAGAGAACUGCUUUGUAUUAGCUGAAGGUUGGUAUGAGGAUGAAAUGUUUCAUGUAAAUGCAUUUGGAUUUCCUCCACCAGAACCAGCCAAAACAACCAGAUCAUUUUUUGGCAACUUAAAUUUUUUUGGAGGACCAUCAUCAACGAGUGUGAAAGCAUCAAGCAAGCUACAGCAGAUAGAACAAGAAAAUUCUGAUGCCAUGUUUAUAAUUCUCUCUGAUGUCUGGCUGGACCAGAUUAAAGUCAUAGAGAAGUUGAGGGUAUUAUUCUCGGGUUACUCAGGGUUUCCACCAACAUGUUUUAUUUUCUGUGGAAAUUUUCUUUCCUCACCAUUGGGAACUAGUCAUGCAAAGGUUUUAAAAGAGUGUUUUGAGCAAUUAGCAGAUUUGAUGUGUGAGUUUCCAGACCUUAUCAAAAGCAGUAAAUUUUUGUUCAUACCUGGACCUCAGGACCCGGGACCAUCCACAAUAUUACCUAGGCCAGCAAUACCAAAUUCUGUAACAGAGGAGAUCAGAAAGAAAGUACCGUCUGCAAUAUUUGCCAGUAAUCCAUGCAGGAUACAGUACUGUACACAAGAAAUUGUUGUAUUCCGCGAAGAUAUUGUCACAAAGAUGUGUCGCAACUGUGUCAAGUUUCCAGAGGAUGGUGAUGUUCCAACACAUUUUACAAAGACUUUGGUAUGUCAAGGACACCUGACUCCCCUCCCACUUCAUGUUUCACCUGUUUACUGGGCAUACGAUUGUGGAUUGCGCUUGUACCCACUACCAGACCUUGUGAUAUGUGCAGACAAACAUGACCCUUUUCACAGCACAUCAGUAGACUGUACAGUUUUAAAUCCGAAAUUGGAAGUUACUUUGGGAGUACAUGUUCGUACUGGUGAAGGCUCUUGGAGUACAGGCUGGGCUAACUGCAAGUCAUGUAACUGA